UGUGCAGAUCACCUAACAUCUCAUCUUUCAACCCUCUUUGGUCUUACCCCGGUUCAUUUCCUCGAUCGAUCUUUGCCGUAUCGUCCUUCCUUGAUCGAUCCACCGGAGCCGAUAUCCUUUAGCUGUUGUGGCUUGAGAUCAUGUACUCCUCGAACGGAUUCGAUGAUUACCCACAGAAGCCUGGUGCCUCCGCCCCUCCGCCGCCGCCAGCCGAUGGAAUUCCGGUGCAACCCGAUUACUACGGGGCUCCAAACAAUCCUCAGCCUGCCGCAGGUCUCCAUGCUCGACCGAUAAACAACGUGCCUUGGUCGUCCGGGCUUUUCCAUUGCUUCGAAGACCUUCCGACCUGUUGCUUGUCAUUUUGGUGCCCCUGCGUCACAUUCGGGCGGAUCGCAGAGAUCGUCGAUAACGGAACAGUUUCAUGCGCGGUGCACGGAGCUUUGUACGCGCUGAUCAACAUGUUGACCGGCUGCGGCUGCUGCUACUCCUGCUUAUACCGCACCAAGAUGAGACAACAAUACCAGCUGAGAGAGGAUCCCUGUGCCGAUUGCUUGGUUCAUUUUUGCUGUGAAUGCUGUGCUUUAACCCAGGAGUACCGCGAGCUCGAAAGGCGCGGAUUCGACAUGUCCCUCGGAUGGCAUGGAAACACGGCAAUGCACAACAGAGGAAUCCAAAUGGCUCCAGUUCCUCCUGGGGGCAUGAUGAGGUAGAAAUUCAAGAUCACCUCAACUUGGCUUGAAUGCUGCUCCAGAAAUUUGAACUCCAUGUUGGAGAGUCUAUAUGAGUGAAAUCCCCCGAAGGAUCACUGCCCUCCGUCCUGAGGGCCUCUUUUCUUUUUACCCUUUGAUGUUAUCUUCAUUUGACAGAAUAAUCAACAUGGAAUGUUGUACAAUGCAUAUUACAAACACAUCAAUAUACGAAAAGCUUGCUU